CGAGGAGCUCCGCCCCUUUCGAACGUUGCGUAUCCGGCUUCGAAGGACCCGGCAGAAAGCUCUAGCCGCUGCCUCCCCCCACCCCGCCCCCACGUGGGCCUUGCAAAGGGGAAACUAAGAUUUUUGCCUCCUGACAACACCUCUCCUAAGACCAUCAGUACCUGUUUCUGCCCAGAGGGCCAAUCAUGGCUGGAAGAGGCGGCAGAGGGAGGGGCCGCGGCGGUCACAUGACCUUCAACGUUGAAGCUGUGGGCAUCGGAAAGGGGGAGGCUCUGCCCCCACCCACCCUCCAGCCAUCCCCACUGUUUCCUCCCUUAGAAUAUAAACCUGUUCCACUGCAAACGGGAGAGGAGGUUGAAUACAUGUUGGCCCUGAAACAAGAACUGAGGGGUGCUAUGAAGAACCUGCCGUACUUCAUCAAACCUUCUGCACCAAAGAAAGAUGUGGAACGCUAUUCUGACAAGUAUCAGAUGUCCACCCCUGUUGACAAUGCCAUUGAAUGGAGUCCUGAUUGGAAACAGCUACCCCAAGAAUUAAAGAUCCGGGUGCGGAAGAUUAAAAAGCAGAGAGCCACCGUCCUUACACCUAGGCGCAAAACUCAGUUGCCAGUAGACAAAGAAGAAGCCAUCAAGAAGCUGGAGACUUUGGAAAAGAAAGAGGAGGAGGUGACGUCUGAAGAGGAAGAGGAGAAAGAAGAGGGAGAAGAAGGGAAGGAAGAGGAGGAGGAGGAAUACGACGAGGAAGAAUUUGAGGAGGAGACGGAUUACAUCAUGUCCUACUUUGACAACGGUGAAGAUUUCGGGGGCGACAGCGAUGACAACAUAGACGAAGCCAUAUACUGAACGGGGCAGCCCACCCGGUUUGCAAACAGGGAGGUGCGUCUCACAAGCGCCCCAAACAUCUCUCCCCCACCGAGUAGUCUUUUCUGCCGCCCCUUUGGGGUCCUUGGAUAGACAAGCUGCCUCGCUUAGGAUGGGCUCCUGCUUGCUUUCUGUGGGGGGGGGGCUUCACAAGCGGAACCUGCCGGGACUUCUGCUCAUUCGGCCUCUAGGUGGCACCGCUGAUCCAUUCUUCCCUGGGUGCUCCUUGUGUGUGUCUGUGUGGGUACCUGUUGACAUAACCAGCACAGGAUCCUUGGAUCCUUCCUCCAUUUUCUUCUGGAAAAUGUGGGUUCCCUUGGGUUUAGUAGGAGAGUGUGUGAACUCCUGACACACCUGGCUUUCUUUCCUGAGCCUAGGAAGGAAAUGGAAUCCUUCCAGAAGACCCUGAAAGGGACUUUUAUCUGCGGUGUUAAUUCACAGCAAAAGCAUUCCUCUCGUUUGAACUUCUCUUUUGUAACGAUGCCUUCCGUUUGUUUUCCCUCUUGUGCGGAAGAUACAGAUUUUUUUUUCCUUUGGGAAGUAUUUUAACGAGAUGAUUUUAAAUUCCACUUUCUAACUUUUGACUUCGUGAAGCCCUGCUGAAGAUGAAGGGGAUGGAUGGGCGGCAAAGGGAGAUAGCCAGCCUCUUCGAAUAGUUGCCAAGAAUCUCCCACAAUCCCCUGGAGCCUGUAACUGGUGAAAGGGACACAGUCCCUGUUUGGUGGAAUGCCAAUGCAUAGAAAUUCCCAUUUGGAGAUCUACAAAACCUGAUUUUAACUUGUGUUUUAAUCAGCUGUGGAUUUCUGUUGCAAUUUGUUAACAAGGUUUCAGUGCUGUGAUUUGGUUUGGCUGAGAGCUGCCAGCUGCACCCACAACUUUCCCAUCUCAGGCAUAGCUGUUGGAAGAUGGUGGGGCUAUCCUCCCACCCCCACCCCACUGUGAUAUUUAACCCUUUUAAGGAUUUCUGCAAGCACAACUGGGCUUAAAUACUCACCCCCACCUUCCUGGAUCCAUUUAUCAGCUGCUAAAGAAGGAGGACUUUUUAAAGCUCUUACAGUUUUAAGGGUGCCAUCCUGUGUUUAAAAUGCAACGUGGACAAAGGUUCCCCCCCUUCUUCCUUUUACAAAAAAAACAAAGCCCCCAAAUUGAAACAACCUUGCCACCACUGCAAGCAGGCCACCCACAUUUCUGGGACAGGUUGCCCAGACACUUGGCCUCAAAGAUGCUCUUGUCUUCUGCUUCCUCCUAAGAAUUCUCCUGGGAACAGUGUGACCAAUGGGAUCCUGACACGCUGACAAGCAAAACAUGCCACUCAGUCCUGUUCCCUUUAGGAAUCCUUCAGCUGGAUCAGAAGGUCCUUUCUUUGAACCAGCUACCUGAUUUGCAGCAGUAUUCUCAAGCAACUCCUAAAAGUUUCAGUGAAGCAGAUGAGUGGAUAAAGAGAAGACUUUGAAGUUAGGAACUCAAAGGGACUUUUUUCCUCUAAAUGUCAGGGGACGGAUUCCUGCAAGACGGAGCCCUUCCCUUUAUUUUUGCCUGUUGGCAAGUUUUUAAAACGUCGCUCCUUUUUACAGUGUGUGUGUGUGUGUAUAUAUAUAUGUGUCAGCAUAUAAAUUAUUUUAUUGCAAUAAAAGUUUCCACAUUUUCUCUUCAGUUUCCUGACGCUUCCCACUCACAACAAAGCGGAAAGGUUUGCCCAUGUUUAGGCUGCAUUCGCACAGCAGUGUAUUCUGUAUCCCCGAUACUUUCCAACAAUGACAACAAAAAUACUAUUUAUUGCAUUUAUAUCUUACCUUUUCCCUUCAAUGAGCUCAUUUAACCCCCACAACAACCCUGUGAGGUAGGUUAGGCAGAGGAGACAGUGACUGACCCAAGGUCAACCAGCAAACUUCAUGGCAGAGUCAGGAUUUGAACCCCGGUCUCCCAAGUCCUAGUCCAGCACUCUAACCACUACACAACACUGCUGAAUUCUUGCUUUAUUUUUUUUCUGCAGAGAAAAGUAGAAUUGCAGAGUACGGGAUGCAAAAAAAUGUGAGAAAUUGUGCGGUCCCUUGGUUGCCAAAUUCGGCCCCAACCCCAGCCCCACCACUCGAUGCAAAAUUUGGAUUGCUUGGUGUAAAAGAUUUCCCAUGUUGUCUUUAGUGUGUUUUAAAGUGAAAUUCACGAGCUUUAA